AUGUCAACCUCAACAAUGCAAGCAAUCCGUAUCAAAAGCCUCGGACAAGCAGCGCUAGGAACCGCCCCGAUUCCCCAAUUGCGCGACGAUUAUAUCCUCGUCAAGACUAAAGCCGUAGCUAUCAACCCUGCUGAUUGGAAGUCUAUCGACUACAUCGCCACUCCUGGUGAGACUGUGGGCUGCGACUACAGUGGUGUAGUGGUACAAGUUGGUGCGCUUCUGCAAGACCAUUUCCGACCUGGCGAUCGAGUUGCGGGCUUAGUUCAUGGAUGCAAUGCAUCAAACCAUGCGGAUGGAGCUUUUGCCGAGUUCGUUAUCGCAAAAGGUGACCUUCAAAUGAAAAUCCCACAUGAUAUGUCGUUUGAAACUGCUGCAACGCUGGGUGCAGGCAUCACCACAGUUGGACAAAAUCUAUAUCAAUCUCUCGCUUUGCCACUUCCCCAAUCUGAGGCCAGCGACAAUUAUGUGCUUAUCUACGGUGGAAGUACCGCAACGGGCUCAUUAGCAAUCCAGUUUGCAAAGCUGUCCGGCCUUCAAGUCGUUACCACGUGUUCGCCUAGUCAUGGAGAAUGGCUUCGCAAAUUAGGCGCUGACCAUGUAUUCAACUACAAAUCACCCACGUGCGCAGCAGAUAUUCAAAGUAUCACCGGCAAUAAACUCGCAUACGUAUUUGAUACUACAGGUACCAUGGCCACGGCGCAGAUCUGCAGUGACGCGAUAGGUCAUGAAGGGGGUAUAUACACAUCUCUGGAGCCUGUAGCGGAGCUGCCACGUUCAGACGUUGUGAACAAGAACACCAUGGUCUUUUCCGCUAUUGGUGAGAAUUUCCAAAUCGGUGGUAUAGAUGUCCCUGCGAAUGCCCUUGAUCAUGACUUUGCGGUCAAGUUUGCGAAGAUUGCGGGUGAGCUACUGAUGCAGGGCAAGUUGGUAGCACACCCUGUGAGUCAUCAGAAAGGAGGUCUGGAGAAGGUUUUGGAGGGUGUCGAUAUGAUGCGGAGGGGCAGUGUGUCAGGGGUCAAAUUGGUUUACACGAUCAGUGAUUCUUAG